GUUCAGACUCCGUAGGCAUUCGGUCUGAAGUGCUGGUCAAAAUGGAAGUGAAUCCCCCCAAGCAGGAGCACCUACUGGCCCUGAAAGGUCCUGUUUUCCUCUGAUUUGGAAAAAGACAGUCUUGUAAUUAUAAAUUACAUUCUAGCUCUGAGGAGCUCAGCUGCGAAAUGUUCUCUGCAUUAUGAGUAACUGGACUACUGCAAAAUGACUACAGAAGUAAUAUUACAUUACCGACCGUGUGAGAGUGAUCCUACACAACUGCUAAAAAGUGCAGAGAAAGCAAUUCAGGACUUUGCUACACGUCCACUAUUGAGAUUUAUUCCUUGGUUUCCACAUGAUGGCUCCAAACUUCCACUCAAACCUAAAAGAUCACCACCUGUGAUUUCUGAAGAGGCAGCUGAAGAUGUGAAACAAUACUUGACCAAUUUAGAACAUGAUGUUAAAUCACAGAGUUAUGAUUGCACAGUAGCUCUAUUGGAGUUCCAGCCUAAUUUGAAAGAAAAGAAGCACUUAAUCCACUCACAUACACUGAAUGAACAUCCUGCUUUCAAUGGAAAUCUGGAUAAACAGUCAGAAAAAGGAAAACGGCACAAGAAGAGGUCUUGGAGUGUUUCACUUCCCAGCAGAAGUUGUACUGAAAAUAUUUUUCCUUUGUCUAAAAAAUUGCAAGAUAGUUUAAAGGCACUAAAUUUACACUCACUUCAUAGAGCAAGAUGGACAGUAGAACACACUAUUUGUAACAACCAAACUCUGGAAGACAUUUGGGUAAAACUCAAUCAAAUUAUCAGGAACAAUGAACUUCCGUCUUGUAAUGCUACCAUUCAGAGACACGUGGGCCAAAUAUGGGUGUUCUGUGAUAUAAUGUACUGUGAAUAUGUGGGAAAUAUCCUUAAAGGACGAUUAGCUCUUACUGGAAAAAUAAAUUUACUUGUCCAUAAAUAUGGUGUUAUUUUUAGUAUGUAAGGAAUUCCACUGAUUGUCAAAAAGAAUAUUCUGAAUGAACA